ACACACUUUACAAUACAGCCGAAGCUGCCAAGUGCAAUUCGACCGAAAGAGUUCAUAUUGUGAAUAUUAGGGGUGAAUUAAGGGGACUUUACAACAAAGAGUCUGUAGAAGCCAGUAAAGGACUGCGGCGACCGCCGAACUGGAGUAUGGGAAAAUAUAAAACAUGAAAACAAUCGACAGGUGUUGCCUCGGUUUUGUAGCGUUUUUGAACAUUUUGAAAGUUUGCGAACUGUGCCGAACUGUUCGGGCCACUCGUGAUUCAAGGUUUGUGCCAGAGGGGGGCAGUAUUGACAUGAGCUGUGAGGUGGUCCACUGUGGCAUCCUCUGGACGGGUGGAUGGGUUUUCCAGGACAUCCAGAGCACAUCAUUUACUCUCCUCUUUCCUUCAAUACGAAUUCAGCUGUCCAAUUACAGCUUGACAGUCAAUAGCACACGUCUGACGGUCCACAUCCAGAACAUCAACCAAUCAGAUGCUGGAGCGUACAAAUGCCACACAUCAUGGUCCGAAAAUCUCAUCAGCAGUGGACAUGUGACAUAUGUUAACGUGACUGCAGCGUCAGUAGAGUCAUCAGAGAGAAGUCUCUCUCAUAGACUGCUGGUGUGUCUUGGUGCCGUUAUGGGUUUUUCUCUUGUACUGGGAUUGUUUUGGUGUCUGACCAAGUGUCAUCCAUCAACACCGCCAGUGCCUCCUCACCCCCGCACAUCCUUCGCAGCACGAGUAAAACCGAAAAAGGAAGUGGUGUAUGCAGAAGUUGCAUUAAAUGAAACAAGGCUGCAGAAUCACCGUCCGAAACAAGUCAUUCAGCCAACUAUCUACUCCUCAUUGCGUUUCUAAUGACCACACUACACUUCACAUGGUUGUACGAAUACCAGAGCAAACAGGAAUACAAAAAAAGUGUAGUCAAGCAACA